AUGCCCGAUCUUCAUGCCACUUCCGGGAGACCAAACAUGCUGAAGAAGACCCUGCUCGCGACCGCUGCCGUCGCUCUCGUUGCCACCGGUGCCCAUGCACAGGACGUGUUCCGCGUCGGCAUUCUGGGCGGUGAAAACGAAGCCGACCGCCUGCGCAACAACCAGUGCCUGAUCGACCUUCUGCCCGAAGCCAUCGGCGUCAAGGAAGUUCAGCUUUUCCCCGCCGCCGACUAUGACGGCGUCGUCCAGGGCCUGCUUGGCGGCACGCUCGACUAUGCCGAACUGGGCGCCUCCGCCUAUGCCAAGGUCUAUCUCGAAGACCCCGAAGCCGUUGACCCGGUCCUGACCACCCAGCAGGUGGAUGGCGCCACCGGCUAUUAUUCGAUCAUGCUGGCCCGCAAGGAUUCGGGCAUCGAGUCGAUCGAGGACGCACGGGGCAAGCGGCUCGGCUUUGCCGACCCGGACUCCACCUCCGGCUUCCUCGUUCCGUCCGUCGCCCUGCCGGCACAGCUCGGCAUGCCGAUCGACGAAUACUUCUCCGAAACCGGCUUCGGCGGCGGCCAUGAGAAUGGCGUUCUCGAAAUGCUGAAGGGCAAUUUCGACGUUCAGGUGACCUGGUCGUCGGGCGUUGGCGAGUUCGCCGACGGCUACACCUCGGGCAACAUCCGCAAGAUGGUCGACAAGGGCCUUCUGGACAUGGACGAGGUCAACGAAGUGUGGCGCUCGCCGCUGAUCCCGAACGGCCCGAUCGUCGUCUCCAACCAGCUCGAUCAGGACGUGCGCGCCAGGUUCAUCGAGUUCUUCAAGGCCAUGCCCGAAAACCAUCCGGACUGCUUCCGCUCGGUCCAGGGCGGCGAUUUCGCCGGCUUCAUCGACGUGGACCACUCGUUCUACGAGACCAUCGUCGCCGCCCGUAAGUCCAAGAUCGGCUCCUGA